AUGGAUUUAUGUACUGAGAUCCAAGGAGCUAAAGAUGACUCUAAGGCAAUGAUCAUGGCUCCCCAAGCACUUGCCCAAGACAGAGAACCAGAGCAAUCGAUACAGCAGAACUUACAAGAUGUGUCUUCCAAGAUACAAAAUCUUGAAAGAGGAUCUGCAACAACAACUGAAGCCAAUGCUGCCUUGGCUGCUGCUCAAAAGAGCACUGAUAAAAACCUACUGCAAAACACGUAUGAAGUAAAGCUUCUUCACACUCAGUAUAGGAGAAUGCAAGAGAAUAUGCACAAACAAAAUGUUGCCAAAUCUAUGAGGAAUGUAGAAGCCGAACGUUUAGAAAAAGUAGAGGUUGUCUCUAGGUGUUUCCAGGCCGAAGAAGAUGCUCAAGUUGUAGCUUCCAAAGCUAGAGCCCUUGAUUAUGCCAAUCCUGAUAAUGUUAAAAAGGGGAAAGGUAGAAAUCGAGGGAGAACAAGUGCUCGUGGCACUCGUUCCAAGAGGAAGCCUGCUCAAGGAAGUCGAGGUAGCUAUCAAUCUGAUCGAGGUGGUCAUGGAAAUGGUCGUGGAGGCGAUAGAGGUGGUGGCGGUGGUGGUCGAGGAGGAGGUCGACUGUAA